AUGUUCCACAAACCCUCCUGGCCCAUCUAUACUGACCCAAGCAGCUGGAACUUCCCCGCCGCCAUGGUCACCCGAAAGAUUGGCCCCGCCCUCGCGACUGGUUGCACCGUGGUCUGCAAAGCCCCCGGCGAAACCCCUUUCACCUCCCUGGCCAUCGCCGAGCUGGGCCACCGCGCCGGUAUCCCGAAGGGCGUCAUCAACGUCAUUACCUCCCUCGACAACACACCCGAGGUGGGCGAGGCCCUCACCACCUCUUCGACCGUCAAGAAGAUCUCCUUCACCGGCUCUACCAACGUCGGCAAGCUUCUCAUGAAGCAGUGCUCCGGCACCCUCAAGAAGCUCUCCCUCGAGCUGGGCGGCAACGCGCCCUUUAUUGUCUUCGAUGAUGCCGACAUCGACGCCGCCGUCGCGGGCGCCAUCGCCUCCAAGUUCCGCUCUUCUGGACAAACGUGCGUCUGCGCCAACCGCAUCUACAUCCAGAGCGGCGUCUAUGACGAGUUCGCCGAGAAGUUCGCCGCCAAGGUCAAGGAGUUUAAGGUUGGAAAUGGCUUCGACCAGGGCAUCACCCAUGGUCCCCUCAUUCACGACCGCGCCAUCGACAAGGUCGACGCCCACAUCCGCGACGCCGAGAAGAAGGGCGGCAAGGUCGUCAUCGGCGGUCACAAGCUCUCCAACCUGGGCUCCAACUUCUACGAGCCCACCGUUAUCACCGGCAUGACCAAGGACAUGGCCAUGGCCGAAGAGGAGACCUUCGGCCCCGUCGCGGGCCUGUUCUCGUUUGAGACCGAGGAGGAGGUCGUCAGGCUGGCCAACUCGACCAACGUCGGACUGGCGGGCUACUUCUUCUCCCGCGAUAUCCAGCGUGUGCACCGCGUCGCGGAGCACCUCGAAGUGGGCAUGGUCGGCGUCAACACGGGUCUCAUCUCGGACCCCGCUGCGCCGUUUGGAGGUGUCAAGGAGUCUGGCUUCGGCAGGGAGGGCUCCCUGUAUGGUAUCUCGGAGUACCAGAUCACGAAGAUGGUUACAUACGGAGGCAUGGGUCAGCCCUUGCAGAAGUAG